AAAUAUGAUUGGUCAAUUUACUAAUUAACACGUAUGCAAGUUUGUGAAUGUACCUUCAAGUGUGGCAAAAAGAUUGCAACUUUUUACUUGAUGCUGUUUUAGAACACACUAAAGUCAUAACUCGUUCUCGCCAUUCUCGCAUUUGAGGUAUUUGAUAUCACCAAAGAUGACUAAAUUGAAUGCAAGUGUUCAUCCUAGUUUGUCCGAGAUGGUUAUAGAGAAUUUACGACGGAGAAAUGUGAUUACAAUUGUGGAUUUUGUCACUGCAAAUCCAAUUUCAUUGAUGAAUUUUACUGAUCUUACUUAUAAGGAUAUAUUACAAAUAAAACAGGACAUAUUGAAAAAAUUUAGCGGUAUAGAAAGAAAUGCGACUGAUCUUCUUGCAAUAGAGCGCAGCCAUCUAAUUUCGACCAAUAUAACAUGUUUGGAUAAAUUGCUGAAAGGUGGCCUGUGUUCUGGACAAUUGUAUGAGCUGUGUGGGUUGUCAUCUUCUGGAAAGACUCAAUUAUGUUUGACAAUAGCUGCCAAUGCUGUUAUUCAGUCAGAUGUCGUUGUAUGGUACUUUGACUCAAAGAGAGACUUUUCCAGCUUGCGAUAUGAAGAGAUUCUGAAAGCGAGAAACUUUAAGCAAAAAGUGAAUAUAAAAGACGCAAUGCAACGUACAAAAGUCUGUUAUGUGCAUUCUUCUGAUGAAUUAAUACGAGCCCUGCGACAAUUGCGAAUUGUGUGCAAAAAUGGGGAGGAUGACGAGUCUUCUGAAAAAAGGAAGCUUCUUGUAAUUAUCGACUCUUUGCCGGCAGUGAUUUUCAAGGUAACGCGAGACACGCACCAAGUUGGUCACGAGACAAUAUACGAGCUCGAUGAUUUUGCCGAAGCAUGUCGGUUUCUCACAACAGAGUGCCGUGCAACGGUGAUUACGGUAAACUCGAUCACUCGAUGGAAUUCUCCCGAGCAAACGGAUUUAGCCGCCGUAAAACCAGCUUUGGGAAAAUACUGGAUGAGGAUACCAGCCACGAGAUUGCUGUUAACAAGACGGCACGGUGAAAUCCGGAGAAUCUCGGUUUGGAAGGAUCUGAGAUUGGAUGAACAUUCGUUUUGUAACGUGACUGUGAGUGAUAUCAAAAUGAACGUGAAGAAGUAUAUUCACCCAAGAAACAAAUACAAGAAGCCGCCGAAUUACAAGCAACUCGCAAUCAUGUAUCCAGAAUUUCGCGAAGUUGCAAUUAUGGAUUUCACAGGAAAAGUCAGGAUUGACUUCCAAAAUCAGAAGAGUCUACGCGUGCUUACAGAAACACUUCUGAAACAUGACUUCGAUCUUCACGUGAGCAUACCGUCGAACAAACUAAAUCCGGCGAUUACUUUGCGCAUGAAUUACAUUCUGUGGAUCGAGGAUUUGAUGAGACACUCCAAGUUGGAAAUGAAUAAAGUCAUGGGUGUCGACAUUGGAACAGGAGCGAUUUGCAUAUAUGCUCUAUUGCUGGCAAAAAUCUAUGGAUGUCGUGUGCUUGGCACAGAAGUGGAUCAAGAGAGCACGGAUUAUGCAGAGAAAUGCAUAAGAAGAAACAACUUGCAAGAUUUAAUUAAAGUAAUUACAGUGAACUCCGAUAGAAUUUUUAAGGACACGAUAGAGAACGAGAAAGUUUAUGACUUCUCGAUGUGCAACCCGCCGUUUUUCGAGAACAAAGAUGACGGGGAAAAGACUGCUAAGGCCCUGCCACCGAGAAAUGCGCCCACCGGAAAUGACAGUGAGCUGAAAACCGAGGGCGGCGAAGUGGCCUUCGUGACAAAAAUGAUUGACGAAAGUAUCGAACUGGGAGAUCAAAUAAAGAUCUACAGUACAAUGAUCGGUAAAAAAGCCGAUUUGUUUCAUAUCAAAAAGCUGAUAAAGUCGAGGAACAUAGAAAACGUAACGUGGACAGAAUUUUGCCAAGGUUACACGACACGAUGGGGUUUAGCUUGGAGUUUCCUACCGAAAAGCAUCGUGGACUUGAGCACUGCACCUGUUAUUAGAAAGAGCGGAAAAUCUAUGACGCAGAUCUUGAAGAAGAAUUAUAAAACCUCGAUAACGGUUCCUGUGAAAGAGAAAUUUCUCCGCAUGGACGAUUUAAUUGGUUUCCUAAAAACAACGGCGGAAGAAAUCAAUAUUAAAUUACAAGACGUUCCCGUUAAUGAGGACAAUUUUGACGGCUGGAUGUGUCGAAUAAUUGCUGGAGAAAAGUCAUGGGAGCACUCGCGCAGGAAACGGCGUCUAGCACAGCGAGAAACUGCAUUGAAAAGGUUAAAAAAUGAAAGUGACGAGUGUAUUAAAACGAAUGCAAUUCAAGAGAUUUCAAGCACAGUCACGAAAGAAGAUGACAACAAUGAACAAGUGAAUAAGAAUCCUUCAGACGAGCCAUCAUCAUCGACAGUUCAAGUCAGAAAUGAUACAAGCAGUUCGAAUGAAAAAAAUUUUGCUAAGAAAAUACCUGAGAAACGUGUUCCCCUGCUUGUUUGCAAACUCUGCGUGCAGAUCGAAAGUCCCGAAUGCGACGAAGAGACACUUGUGCAGGACGUGUUCAGAAUAUGGAUGCUGUUUGAGAAUGGAAGCGGCGGUCUGGAAGCGUUACAAUCGCUGCGACAGUACUUGAUAAACAAAUUGGAAGUGAGAGAAAAAAUUGGCGAUAGUUCGUCGAAGCCUGUGAAGAAAAGGAGGAAAAGGACGAGGAACGCUCCCGGCGGAAGCGGCGGUACUGCAAUCGAACGAUCUCAGUCGGAGAAAGAUUUGUCGAUUGGCGAAGACGCGAAAAGUUUCGAUAGCUCUUAAACCAAACUUGACGCUGUGAUACGUAUGUAAAACAAUGUAUAUUUCAUUCAACAUGUUGAAAGUAACAAGAUGAUAUACGUAAACCAAG